AUGGGACUCCAAGAAACAACCCCCACCACUGCUGCAGCGCAGAAUGCGCCAGCAGAGUCGACAGCGCCGAAGAAGAAGCUGCUCGGACGGGAGUUCUAUAAAAGCAUCGGGAGCCCGAAAUACAUCAUCGCGCCUAUGGUUGAUCGGUCAGAAUUUGCAUGGCGCAUGCUCACCCGAUCGUUCAUGACUCCCGAAGAGCAGAAGCAGCUUCUUGCAUACUCGCCCAUGUAUCACGCACGCCUGUUUCGUGAGCAGCUCAGCUUCCGCCAGCAACACUUCCAUCCCACACGCGCCGCCGUCGGCAAAGACGACGAUGCUCCUUACCUCGACGGCAAUCCUGCGAUCGACCGGCCGCUUUUCGUUCAAUUCUGCGCAAACAACCCGGAUGACUUCCUAGAGGCUGCGCAGCACGUCGCGCCCUACUGCGACGCCGUGGAUCUGAACCUGGGAUGUCCGCAGGGUAUCGCAAAGCGGGGCCAUUACGGUUCAUUUCUGCAGGAAGACUGGGACUUGAUCUACAAGCUGAUCAAUAAGCUACACACGGAGUUACCGAUCCCGGUUACGGCCAAGUUCCGCAUCCUCGAAUCCAAGGAGAAAACGCUGGAGUACGCAAAGAUGAUCUUGUCGGCGGGUGCGAGCAUAAUCACCCUCCAUGGACGCACGCGCGAACAGAAAGGUCAUAACACCGGUGUGGCGGAUUGGUCGUAUAUCCGAUACCUUCGCGACAACUUGCCUCCGGAGACGGUCAUCUUCGCGAACGGGAACAACCUCAACCAUGACGACUUGGAACGCUGUCUCGAGGCGACCGGUGCUGACGGUGUGAUGAGCGCCGAGGGCAAUCUCUCAGACCCAGCCAUCUUCAGCAAGCCACCUCCAAUUGGUAGCGAAGGACGAGACUACUGGCGUGGGCGGAACGGAAAGGGCGGUUAUCGGAUCGACGCCGUCUUGCGCCGCUAUCUCGACAUCAUCUACAAAUAUGUCCUUGAACAACCCAUUCCCGAAAGAAAGCCUCUCUAUAUGCCUUCAGACGCAGUCGACGAGGAGCCGGAACCUCAGCAGACGAACACUGAGGAGGCGGAACCCGAGGAAGGACCCCCGAAGAAGAAGCAGAAGCGCGAUAAAACCAAAGGAAAGAGAGUCAACUCUCCCAGUCUCGGGGUAAUGCAGGGUCAUCUCUUCCAGCUACUUCGGCCGAUGAUUGCGACCCACACAAACGUCCGCGAUGCUCUCGCGAGGUCCCGUCCAGGCGAUAUGGCUGCAUUCGAGCAUGUCUUGGCUCUUGUGGAAAGGGCCAUACGAGAAGGACUGAAAGAAUACGAGCAGUUUCCCGAACGGUUUGAACCGACACCAAAUGCAGAGCUUACCGGUUCGAAGAAGACCAUUGCGGAGUAUGGAAGACCAUGGUGGAUCUGUCAACCCCAUAUCCGUCCACUGCCUGAAGAAGCCUUGGAGCUCGGAUCUCUCACCGCGAAGCAGAAGAAGGGCGAGAAGAAGGACCCCAAGGUUGAUGCGCCGUCAGAGAAGACCAGCACUCCUGCCAACGAGGUUAGUGCUUCAGAAUCGAAUACGGCCUCGGCAACAGCAACGCCUGACCGGUUGGUCAGCGGUUAA